AUGGCGGAAAAGACCCGAGCAGAGCCUGCUGGCAUGAUACGGAAGGAGACCACUCUGGCGUCGGGUACCUUCUCCGAAUUGCCCACCAUUCAGCAAGCAAAGGUGUUUGGCCCGGCAUCGCCUCUCGGUUCUGACCAAUUCGACUUCGCACCCAAGCCGAGCCCUCUUCGCGAACAAAGCACCGCCGAUGCCGAAGCGCCCGACUACAUGAAUGGAGGGCAUGCUCGUGACAGAGUAUCUCCACAUACAGUUCCUGACGGCCGCCCCCAGCCCCCAAUCUCUAACAUCGAUGCGGUCCCGCAACCGACAGACUCGCCCGAAGGGACCGAACCACCCUCGCCGGUUGCGGGAAGGAAAAGCGUUCAGUUCACCCGGGACGAUGCAAUUUACGAGCCUCCAGCAACGCACUCAAGGAAAGACUCUUGGGACACAAGAGAAGCUCUGGGGAAGCUUCGUGGUUCAGGUUUCAUCACGAAACUAAAGGAACUCGCCGGGCCUAGCGGAUUGCAAACUCCAAGAGCUGCGAGCGUGGGCCCUGAGCUGCAAUCCACGGCAAGCUCGCCGAUCGCAUCACGACAAGCAACGCGAACUGCGCGCGAUGUGAACGAGGGAAGCGAUGAUGAUGCGGAUGCCGAAGAGACUGCCGAUGAGACCGCUGCAGGACGUUCAAAAGGGAAACAGAAGAGGAAAAGGCGGAUGAGGAGACUCAGGAUGGAAUCCCAUUCCGUUCCCACUACUCCUCAAGCGAGCUCACUCGGGCCCGAAACACCCGAUGCUCAUAGCCGCCUUGCCUUCCUGAGACGUGCGGCUCUGGUUGGCACUGACGAUCAUGGCUUUUCUGAGGGCGAGGGUCGCGACCGUCUUACAGGUCAGCGCGGUCAGAGAGGGGGGAUGAACCGGAUGUCCAAGCCAGCCGGAGAGGGAGAGGAAGUCGACCACCCCUCUGGCUUGCGAGUCGGCCACCACUUCAGGCGUUUCUCCGCCCUCGGGGGUGGCGCGUCUGAUGGAGAUGUCAUGAGUCCCAGAAGACCCUUCUUUGGAGCUGACAGGGCAUCGACGUUCGGUGUCCAGAAGUGGCGACAGGUCAAGGGCGCAUUGAACCUCUUACGCAAGAAAAAAGAUGAGCAAUUUGACUUUUCCAAAUCCGCAGAGCUGAUGGCCGAGCUCUUUGGGGGUGCUCCGGCCGUCUUGAUGCUCGCAAGCAUGAUCCAGCGGGAUGAGCAUGGGAACAAGAGAAUACCCGUUUUGCUGGAACAGCUUAGAUUGAGGAUCGUCGACAGCACUCCGGCCGAGGACAAGGACAGCGAGCGGCAUUGGCUCUUCACCAUGGAGCUCGAGUAUGGCAGUGGCCCGAGCCAGAUGAAAUGGACCAUCCAGAGGACCAUCAAGGAUAUUCUGAACCUGCACUGGAAGUACAAGUUGACUUUGGGCAACGAGGGCUUCUCUUCCAAGAGUUCCGAUCACAGCGCCAGGCGGCCCAAGCAGCCCAAGUUUCCCCUAUCCGCCUUCCCGUAUCUCCGUGGCGUCAGAGGUCUGGACGACAACGAGGGAGAGGAGCCCGGUAACGACAUUCGCGGGGAGGAAACCGCCGGCGAGGUCACUGCCGGCGAGGGAACAGUCCAAGAAGGCACCGACAUUGACGAUCGGCCACCCAUGCGCAAAAGGCGUUCUCGAAUGACCUACCUGGCUGGGCGACGAAAACCCUCUACCCUAGGUUCCAAUGCGGACCUCACCCAAAUCGUUGCCGAGGCGGCGGCGCAAAGGAGGAAAUAUGUCGAGAGGCAACAGAGGAUGCUGGAGAAGUACCUCCAGGACAUGAUCCGUUGGCUCAUGUUCCGAGCCGACAGCAACCGUCUCUGCCGCUUCUUCGAGCUGUCUGCCCUUGGAGUCCGGCUCGCGGCUGAGGGCAGCUACCACGGAAAGGAAUGCUACCUGCACAUUCAGUCGUCCCAAGGACUCGACUUUCGCAGGGUGCUUACGCCGGGCAAAGUCAUUGCCAGGCAUAGCCGGAAGUGGUUCUUGGUCCGGCAGAGCUACAUUGUCUGUGUUGAGUCGCCCGAGAACAUGAACAUUUACGAUGUCUAUCUCGUCGAUUCGAAGUUCAGGAUCAAAUCCAAGAGCAAAGACAAGCACCUCCAUCUCAUCAAAAGUCGAGAACACGACGAGGGCAUUGAGAGCCUCGAUCCGUCUGUCCGUCGGCCAGCCGGCAAGCAUCACACGCUCAAGAUCAUCACUUCGGAGCGGAAAGUGAAGCUCUUUUCGCCCAAUCAACACCUCAUCGCCCAGUUUGAAGAGUCCAUCAUGGAGAUGCUGAAGGCCACUCCCUGGCACCGGGAGAACCGCUUCGGCAGUUUUGCCCCCGUCCGGACCGGUGUGCACGCCCAAUGGCUGGUUGAUGGCCGCGACUACAUGUGGAAUGUCUCGCGCGCUAUCAGCAUGGCAAAGGACGUCGUCUACAUCCACGAUUGGUGGCUGAGUCCCGAGCUGUACAUGCGACGGCCAGCGUGCAUCAGCCAGAAGUGGCGGCUUGACCGCCUCCUCCAGCGAAAGGCUGCCGAGGGCGUUAAGAUCUUCGUCAUUGUCUACCGCAAUGUGGAAGCUGCUAUCCCAAUUGACUCCGAGUACACCAAAUUCUCGCUUCUUAACCUUCAUCCAAACAUCUUUAUACAGCGGUCACCCCACCAGUUUAAGAAGAACCAGUUCUUCUUUGCCCACCACGAAAAGAUCUGCAUUGUGGACCACGACAUCGCCUUCGUCGGCGGCAUUGACCUGUGCUUUGGCCGGUGGGACACCCCAAAACAUCCAGUGGUGGACGACAAGCCUACCGGCUUCGAGCCUCAAGAUGACCCGAAGGACGCUGAACACUGCCAGUUGUUCCCGGGCAAGGACUAUUCCAACCCAAGAGUCCAGGACUUCUCCAAGCUUCACGAGCCAUACGAGGAGAUGUACGACAGAUCGGUGACACCGCGCAUGCCUUGGCAUGAUAUUGCCAUGCAGGUCGUGGGCCAACCGGCACGAGACCUCACUCGCCACUUUGUCCAGAGGUGGAACUAUGUCCGGCGUGGACGAAAGCCCACCAGGCCGACGCCGUUUCUGCUCCCUCCUCCGGAUUGUAAGCAGGAGGAACUGGAGGCGAUGGGUCUUACCGGCACCUGCGAGGUACAAAUCCUCCGUUCAGCCACGACCUGGUCGCUCGGCACCGAGCACACGGAGCACAGCAUUCAGUCGGCCUACAUCAAGAUGAUCGAGAAUUCUGACCACUUCGUCUACAUGGAAAACCAGUUCUUCAUCACCAGCACCGACACCUUGAACACCAGGAUUGUGAACGGGAUCGGUGACGCUCUGGUCCGCCGCAUCAUGCGGGCUCACGAGAAUGAUGAGGACUGGCGGGCUGUCAUCGUCAUGCCGCUGAUGCCAGGGUUCCAGAAUGAGGUGAACGAGCCGGACGGUUCCAGCGUGCGGCUGAUCUUGCAGUUCCAGUUCCACAGCAUCUGCCGAGGAGAGCAUUCCAUCUUUGGGCGCCUGCGGGCCGCCGGCAUCGAACCGGAGGAUUACAUCCAGUUCUUCAGUCUCCGGCAGUGGGGCAAGCUCGGGAAUGGCGCCUUGACAACGGAGCAGUUGUACAUUCACGCCAAGUGUAUCAUUGUGGACGACCGUGUCGCGCUGAUCGGAUCUGCCAACAUCAACGAACGAUCGAUGCUGGGAACGCGCGACUCGGAGACAGCCGCCAUCGUCCGUGACACGGACAUGAUCUGGUCGACCAUGGCUGGACGCCCGUAUCAAGUCGGCCGGUUUGCCCAUACGCUGCGUCUCCGGUUGAUGCGAGAGCACUUGGGUCUUGAUGUGGACGAGAUUCUGGAGGAGGAGCGGCAGGCUGACCUCGACCGCGAUGAGCAGUUCAGAGCGGAAAUGCAUGAAAUCUACGACGAGGCCUCGGACCGUUCGCCUGUGGCGGAGAGCACAACGCGGGGACCAUCGUCGUUUGGCGAGCUACCUAAGACGUCGACGUCUCUCCCCGAGUCCCAUAGCCCCAACCACGACGCUGUCACGGAGGAGCCUCGCCGUAGGAGCCGUACACUUUCCAAGUCUUCAAAAGGCCCAGUGUCUCCUGCGGAGUUUCCGUCGCACAAGCGAGACGUUGAGGGUUUCGGCCCCGACCGAUGGAAGACGGCGCAGGAGGAAGGGUUGGACCAAGGCAGGGAUUCUGUCAUUGUCAGCGACCGCGAAGUGCUGCUCCACAAUAUCGCCGCAGAGGGCAAAGGGACGCUUGACAGCCCGAGUUUCCCGCAUAAGCUUCGUCGCCCGUCCGGUACCUCAACUCCUGAGGACGCCGGAGGUCAUGAGGGCAUGCCGCCCAUGCCGCCGUUCGACAGACGAACGACCGAACAGGCCGGUCUUCCGCGGGCCAACCAGCUGCCGACUCUGCCCGUGGUCGACGAUACCGACAUUGGCGGUCCGCCGAUCCGGGUUGACUCGGCUGGUCGGGCGGUCGAGAGCGCAUCUGCCAUCCUCCCCAUCGACAUCAAGCUGGCCGACAUUCACAAGGACUGCAUGCGUGAUCCGCUCAAUCCGUCCUUCUACGACGACGUGUGGUGCCGCGCGGCCGAGAACAACACGCGGAUCUACCGGCGCGUCUUCCGGUGCAUGCCGGAUUCCGAAGUAACCAACUGGGCCGAGUACAAGGAAUUCAUCUCGUACAACGAGCGCUUCAAGAAUAGCAUGAAUGGUCAGCGGACCAGCGAGGACAGCACUGAGAAGCCCCAUGCCGCCCAUGCCGCGCUCGGGCCAGCGAGCCAAACCUCGGCAGGCGCUGGCAUCGGCGCUCCGGGCCCGGCUGCGGGGUUUGCUGCCAUGACUGCCAUGACAGAGAAGCUGGGCAAUGUGGACAAGUCGGCCGUCAAUAAGACGGGCCCCGUUUCUAGGGAUGCUGCAUUCGACGAGAAGCGGGCUACCACAACGCCGGACGACGGCCUGCUGCAGCCCGUAAUCACGAAGGCGCGAGAUUCGGAGAAGCAAGAGCAGCAGCACGCAGCCGUCAACUCGAGCCGCGACACCCUCCCUUACAACACAACAACGACAGAACCCAACGCGCGCCUCGGACCCAGGCCGGACAGCAGCAGCCGCAAGGAACGGCGUCCGACCUUUUCCAGCCAGGAGAAGCCCCCGCCUUCGACGGGCGUCAGCGGCGCCGGCAGCAGCAGCAACGCGGACGGCGGCGCGGGUACUGGUGGUGGUGCUUGUGUCAAGCCGACGGGCUCGCAGAAGCGGCGGCGUCGGGCGACGACGACGAGGGGCAGCCGGCCGCGGUUUAGCGCGGCCGACGAGUUGUUGACGAGGGCCGAGGCCGAGGAGUUGCUAUUGCUGACGCAGGGCCCGCUGGUGCAGUUUCCGUAUGACUGGCUGGUGGUGGAGGAGACGAAUGGGAACUGGCUGUUUCAGGUUGAUCAGGUGGCGCCGUUGGCUAUUUAG